AUGGCAUUCCAUCAGGAUGACCACAUCUCAGGGCCGAGCAAGUCCUUCGAGAUCAUGACCAAGUCUGAGGCUGUCAAGGUCACGGAUGAUGGCAUCGUCUUAAUCCCCCGCCCAAGUGACGACGCAGAAGACCCGUUGAACUGGUCUUUCUCCAGGAAAUCAGUGAAUCUGGCAAUUCUCUUCCUGGGCCUCUUCGUGGGCUUCGCUGCCCCCUUCUGCGGCCAGCUCAACCUCUUGCAACAGGCCGCCCUCUACCACAAGACCACCGUCCAGAUCACGUACUUCAACUCGGCCGCUUCAGCAGGGCUGGCGACCGGCGGGUUCAUCUGGUGGCCCCUCAGCCACAAGUUAGGGCGCAGCUCCGUCAUCUUCUGGUCCCUCUUCGGGCAGCUGGGCUGCCAGAUCUGGGCGCCGCUGAUGACAGGGCCUAAUGACUACGUGCCGUAUCUGGUCUCCCGUUACUUCUCCGGCUUCUUCGGCAUCGUUGUCAGUGUUCUUGGACCCCGGUACCUCGUCGACAUGUAUUUCCUCCACCAGAGGGGCAGGGCCUUCACCUUCCUCCACCUGGCGUUGAACUUCGGGGCCUCCUUCGGCCCAACGGUAUCCGGUUUUGUGGCUGGCCGAAGCUACUGGCCCGUUGAGUACUGGUGGUCCGUUGCACUGUGUGGCUUCACCAUCAUCGUCGUGUUCCUGUUCCUCGAGGAGACAACCUAUGACCGAACGCCUGGGGCUGUGAACCGCAUCAAGCCUGACUCCUGGCUGAAGGACCGGUACGAGACAUUCCUCUUCGGGUCCAAGGUCGGUGCUGGUGUGUCUUGGGGUGACAUGGGCAAAGUUUUCAUCCAGCCAUUCAAGAUGAUGUUCGCGCCGGUCAUUUUAAUUAUUGCUGGGUUUGAUACGAUAGCCUUCGGCUUUUACGUCGCCCUCAACGCCUUGACACCGGUCUGGCUGCAGAUGCCACUCAAGGCCGGCGGCAUCUAUGGCUUCAACGUCACGGAGAACGCUGCCUUCACCUUUGUCCACUGGGCUGGCUUCAUGAUCGGUCUCGUCUACGGCCACUUCUUCAGCGACCGCAUUCCUCUGUGGCUUGCGGCCCGCAACAAUGGAGUUUGGAAGCCCGAAUACCGACUCCACGCCCUCUGGCCCACCAACUUCGUCCUGAUGCCCCUGGGCCUGGGCCUCGUCGGCGCGGCGAUGCAGUUCAGGCUUCACUGGUGGGUCAUGGCGGUCGCUCAGCUCUUCGUGACUAUCGGCUCGCUCGUCAGCAUACCUACGACUGUCAACUACAUCUGCGAGUGUUUCCGGACGAACACGGUUGAGGCCACACUGCUCCUGAAUUCUAUGCGCUUGUUCAUGGGCUUGUCUAUCAACUUCUACAUCCAGCCUUGGAUCGCGGCAGUGGGUAUUGGCUGGGUAUACGGCCAGCAGGCCUUCUUCACCCUCUUCGCCUUCUGCUUCCUAAUUGUGCUCAUGAUCUGGGGACGUCAGAUCCGUCAAUUGUCUCCUUUCAGCACUUCAAAGUCUGAGGAAGGCCAGCACAUAUAUGACAAGGGGGCAGAGGAGCAUGGCUUAUAG